GAACGUUCACAGGCAGCAGAAUGGCCUUGCAUUGUGGAUUUCACCGACCGAGCUUUCUGGAUUAACGAAGUGAUUCCGAGCACUCGUGCAUUGUGCUGAUUGUGCGUGAUAACAGGCUGAUGCUAAACAAGAUGUAUAUUUAUACAUUUUUCUCGAGCCCGAUGGAUUUGUGAACGGUGUUAACGGUGCCGAUUCUUCCGACCGUCCUCCCCAAAAAAAAUUCAGCAUCGUUCGGUACUUGAAUUGAGGAAGCGGAUCGAUCACAUAAAAUUCUGUUUUUUCCAUGAGGAGUCUUGCGAUAACAAUAUUGCUGGGGUCAAGAUAACCGUUGAUAAAAACUACAUGCACGCAUGAAUCACGAGACGAUGGAACAAAGGUGUGACUGAAUUGUAAUCCACAGCGACUGUUGAAGUCUCUCCAAUACUGUGAUAAGAUCUUGAAAUUUGGAGACACGAUAAAUGUUCUUAGAUAAAGAUUACUUCGCUCUGUUUGUGUUUGAACGAAGCGCCAACGCCAGAAUUAAUACCGAGUAACUUUAAUCCCAAAGUUACGUGCUCAGAUCCAUUCCUCAUCACGUAUGCAUCGUAUUGUUUGUCGCAAUAAAAUCACAUAAAUACAAAUAACGCAAAAGUCAUAUUGUCAUAUACGUUCCAAAAAACUUCUAUCAAAAUGGUUAAAUAUUUUGAAAGUAGUACAGUAUUCCAAUUCAGUUGGGAACAAGUUGCUCAAGGUUACUGGCAUCGCUAUCCAAAUCCUCACAGCACCCAUGUCUUAUCCGAGGAUACGAUAUCAAGAGAAGUGAAGAACAAUAAACUAUAUUCGAAGAGACUUUUAACAAAAACAAACAGAGUGCCAAAAUGGGGUGAACGGUUUAUUAGUAAGAAUGUAGUGAAAAUUGUGGAAGAAAGUGUAGUCGACCCAAAAAAGAAAACCUUGACUACUUACACGAGAAAUUUGGGAUACGCCAAAGUUAUGAGCGUCAUUGAAAAGGUUGUGUACAAGGUGUCCGACGAGAAUCCUAAAUGGACGGUGGCUGUAAGAUCGGCCUGGAUCGACAGUCAAGUUUACGGAUUCAGCCGGGCGAUUCAGGCCUUUGGAAUGGACAGAUUUAGAAAGAACUGUGCAAAAAUGUCGGGUGGAUUCAAUUACGUUUUGGCUCACAUGUUUCCGGGAACCGCGGAAUAUAUGAAUCCCAGCCUGGUGCAAAUGGGAUACAUAGAUAAGACGGAGCAACCAUCCAUAGCGAAGUUGACACAUGCUGCGGGUGAUAUCCAGCAUUCGUUCCACGAUAAGGCUGAGAAGAUGAAAGAUGCUGCCAAGAAGGCGACCGAUCUUGCCAAGCAAAAGGCUGGACCAAUUUAUGCGUCUUGUCAGCCAAGUCAGUCCUAAUGGUAUUAUUCGAUAAGUCUGUACGAACGUGUAUAAAAAUUAAAUCACACCGCAUGAUAAAAUAUACAUGUGUGAAAUAAGUCUGCAUUUUCGAUGCGUCGAUACUGAUGUUCAAUAACUGCAAUGCAAUUGUUUCUAGUAGUUUACAGGGAAUAGAAUUGUAUAGAUACGCUUAGAAGUACGUCCGAACAGUGUUUGUGAAUUGUAUGAAUGUUAUAUAUCCUGUGUUACGAUUCCACGAGAUACAGUACAGUAUAUUAUUGAUUUCAAAUUCAGAUUAGGUAUAACUAACCAUUCAUAAUGAUGUUUCGAAAGACAUUGUCUAAAAUCUUAUUUUCUCACAAGCAUCAUUCGUUUCUGAUGUCAUUCUUUCUUUUGUUUUUCAUGUAUGUUUCUUUUUUCUUAUACAAUUGCAAACUGAAUACCGAUGUGUUCUCAUUGGCAAGAAUUUAUGUGUAAGUGUACAUAUAAAAGUCUUGAUUCGCGUGUAUGGCCGACAUACGCAUUUAAAGAUUGGAUUUUAUUGAUCGUUUUUGAUUCAUUGUAAAUAUUUCGAGGUACAGUUUGAAAAAAAGAAAACGAAAAAAAAAACAAUCGCUAUGUAAUAACUAUAUAAGAAUCAAUCAUGUAGUCAAAACGCAAAUAUCAACAAAUUCGUUCGAUACGUUUCUAAUUUUUCUCCACCUAAAUCGUAGAACAUAUAGUAUGUUAUGUUAACGUAUUUUCUUAUUUUUUUUUUUUUCCAUUUUAACUCUUGUCUUAAGAACUCGGGUUAAAAAUCUUCGUUCGAAAUAUCCGUUGUAUUGUUGUCGAGUAAUUCUAACUUGCCAUGUGUUUAAAUAUCGAAAAUAUAUUACGCGUUAUAUGAUACUAUAUGCCAUAAGUAUACCUAUAAUUAUAAUGCAAAUGAAUAUUCUGAAGAAUACGAUUAACGGUAUUUAGAUCUUUACUUGAAAAAGGUUUCGCAACCAGGGUAUGGUUAUUUCCACGGUGCCCCAUAAUUUAGUUAUGCUUCCUCGUCAGUUGCAUAAUGGCAGGACGAGUGAACGACUAAACCUUUUAGAUUUCGUUAAAUGUGUGUACUUGUAAAAAAUUAGGUUUUCAAUUUUAAACAAUAUAGCUGUUUGAUCCCAGCGAUGUAAUCUUAGUGAUAAAUAUGUCACGAAUAUUUCGUCUAGUGAACAAUUGCUGGUCUGAAAAUUACCUCGAUUCGAGUUUGAAUUAAGAAAACCGUACAGAAAACUUAUUAUAAAACAAAUCAAACGGUUGAACAUAAAUUUGUUAUUAAAGCCACGGUAAUUUUAGGUCCCGUGCAUGUACCUAUAGUCUUAAGAAGCCUGAGGAAUAAUUUUUAGUACAAAAGUAAAUGACACGUCGAGGAAAGGAGAAAGAGGAACUGGUAUUACCUAUAAUAUACUAUAUACAUUUUAGAUUAGGAUUAUUGACGUAGGUUGACUUUUGAAAAUACAUUGUUAUCUGUUCAUUUGAAAUCGUAUAACUGUGUAUUCAUUUUAUGGAUGAGGUUGAAUAAAAAAUCGUAUAUAGAAAACUUACCAGCUAUUAAUAUCGUACUUAGGAUCAACCAUAUUCGCACAAGUCAAUCAGUCUGUAAAUUAUGACGAGAAAUCUUUGCACGCAUCGAGUGUCGUCUUGCAAAAUUCCUCCGGACAUUAAAAUUCUAAAAUUCGAUGAAUCUCAUCGUGAUAUUUUUUUUUUCAUGCCGUGCAAGUUUAUGUUGAACCGGUCGAGGUAUCAUCUUACGUUUCUCCGCCAGUUUUAUACGUCGGAAAUUUUUUAUAAAGUCUGAUUCAAUUUGAUUAUCUACAACAUUACUUCUACGUAGCUUUCUUACACAAACGAGUUGCUUCAAUGCAUUGCAAUAAUUCUUGUAUUCAACACAAAAAAAGUUCAUCCAAUAUUCAUCAGAAAUUCGAUAACGACACGCUUGAGCACAGAAUCGAAUUUGCAAUUGCCGUUUGUGAUCUAAAAUGUUGAAUUAAUCGUAAGAAACUUUGUUUUGUCUGUACUUAAUUUGCCUAAUCGUGCCUGACUAAUUGAAAGUAAAUUCUUAUAUUAUGCUCGCGGUGUGAAUGAUGUUUUUUGGUGCGUUUCUCUUUUACUGUUUCAUCGGGGACGAGACGCCGAAUAAUGACAUCGUUUUUAUCUACCAUUAUUAACAAAUCUCCACUCUCGUCUCAUGUCUCCAAAAAUUUUGCUCUCUGUAAAAUCCGACGAACAAAAAUAUUUGAUACAAUAUCAAUAAAAAUUCAUCCUUCGAAUUUGACAUAAAAUUGAUGUACAAUGAAAAUAAACAAAGUUAAUUACGCGGGAUAAGCUUUUACUGUUUCUUGGCUAAAUCUCUUGAUUAACUGUUCGCAGCGAUUCAAGACUACGUGCAAUCGUUUUUUCUCGUCAAAUUAGUUCUAUAUACUUUAAAAAUAAAUUGGUCUAGUGUUUUUUAAAACCGGUUGAACUCUUGUACUCUUGCUUUUUUUUUUUGCGGCUUUCGAAGCCAAUAACUUUUCCUCUUCGAAUCGAUGUAAGCACCCUUUAUACACUUGUUAGACCCCGAGGACUUAUAACUAAAAAAAUACAAAGAGAAUACGUAAAAAUUAUUCGUUUUUUGGAUGUAAUUACGUCGGCAUUGUCGCGAUCUGCUAGACUGGAUUUUCUAUUUGUCGCUAUAAAAUAUAAAAGGUAAUCAAAAUCAAGUGUGCAUGUAUAUGGAUAUGAAGAAUUAUUUUAUUUGAAAAUUUUACAUCGUUCUUUCGUUUUGUCUAUAGUAUACUGAACUUACGGUAUCAGAUUUAAACGUAUAUCACUUGAAAAGUUUACCGAAGCUCGAAAUGCAUAAACCCAAAUCUAAAUUUGAAUCAUCAUAUACUUGCUAAUCAAGAAGCGGGUUGCGCAACUUUUUUAUUUGAUAAUAAACAAAUAGAUUUACAAUAUGUAGCUUAAGUUACGUGUUGUUCAGUGGAAUGACAGCACUUAAAUAUCGUAAGAAUUACAAAAUAAUAAUUUAAUAUUCAAACGGUCGAAAACAGCCACUUGAAAGGUAAAUUGUUCGACCGUUAUGCCCUGCGUUCGAUAAUGGUAGGACGAUAAAACUGCUGAUAAAAGAAAGCAGAACAAUGCUAUAGCGCAUUUAAUGAUCUGUAGUAACUUUAACAUGAACAUGUAUUAUUCCAUAUUAUAUUCGCUACAUUUUACACCGUUUCAGAUGAUCACGACCACCGUAAAGAGCGAUGUGUGUAUCUGAACAAUUGCAUAAUGAGGCGGUCUCCACCAACUCAGCCACUUUUUUUUAUAUCCUCUCGGAUCUGUUCCAUAAUUGGUUAUAUAUGUAGUAGUAAUACCUAAAGGUACUCUUUGUGAGUUUGUUAAUAUUUUUUAAAUUACUCGUUUCGGAAAUGACCUUCUUUUUGUAAACCCGUAUAUCAUGGAAGAUUGAGGUAGGGCGAAAAAAUUCAUCACACGAAAAGUUAUGUUUUUCUGUGAAGUAUCCGGUGCAAUAUAUGUUACAUUUUUCAUGCCAUCAAAAGUCCUACUUACAGUGAAAAAAAUAGAAAUUAUUUUUUUCUUUCAACGCGACACCUUUUAUUUUGCUGUCAAUUUUACAGGGCAUUUGGCAGUGUGUUGGAAACGUAUAAUAAAAUUGGCAUCGUGGAACUCGAAAUUCUUGCCGAGUAGAAAAAAAUAUUUUACCGACAAGGUACACUUGAGUUCCGCUUUUCCAUGAACUAUUUAAUGCGAUAAUGGGCAAGAAUGUGAUGUGAAUGAAUUAUUAAUGCGAAACUAUGAAUUCCAAUUGUAUGCAGAAUGGGAAACGGAGAGUCGUUUCGCAUGAAUUAGUUUAAAGUUGGGUAAAAAAUCGCACCUAGAUACAAUGCGAUAACUCUUAUGGAUCAUCGUAACAGUAAAACAGAAGCUGAA